AUGGUCGGCCGCAUGAAGCGCAGCGCCUCUGUGCGAUCGAGCCAACGAGAAAAGCGCGCCAAAGUGGUAGCCAGGACGACCAUCGAAGCGCUGGGACCAAAUGGUUUUUCCCACCUCGCUGCGUUCCUCGAGCCCAUCGAGGCGCUACGGCUCUCGAGUACGAGCCGGACGGUGCACGAGGCCAUGGACGACGUCGUGUGGCGCACCAUGCUACUGGACCAGUGCCAUGUCAAGCCAUCGCUGCUCAAGCCGCGCACGCAGACGCGCCAGAUGGUCGCAACGCUCUCACACAAGAAGAGUUGUGCCCACUGCGACCGCUUUAUGGCCGAUGGGUGCAGAGCGAUCAAGGUCCACACGGAGCACCGCGGCAAGAAGCUCUGCUCCUCGUGUUUUGAGCUUCCGAUGUUCAAGGAGAUGAGCCACAUGGACGCCGUCGCCGAGUACAAGUUUACAUACGUCGAGCUGCGCGAGCUACGGUACCGGUUCGUGACGACCGGGGACUAUGAAAUGGGCGAGCUCUACAGGAAGAAAAUGUACAACCUCCAAGCUGUCCUCGACGUCGCGGCCAGAAUGCAAUCGUAUUCAGCAAUGUAA